AUGGCUUUGGAGGCUUUGAAUUCUCCCACAGCAGCCGCCACUCCCUUCCGUGCCUACCAAGAAGAAGAGGAGGAGGUUGACCUUCAGCUGCGCGAGCCUUGGGCUAAAAGAAAACGCUCCAAACGACCGCGUUUUGAGACCGAGGAAGAGUACCUCGCUCUCUGCCUCAUCAUGCUCGCACAAAGCGGCAACGAUAACGCCAACAAAUUUUCUCACCGCCAACCGUCACCGUCACAGUCGCAGAAAGAAGCGUCACCGCCGCUCAAAUUAUCUCACAGGUGCACCGUUUGCAACAAGGCUUUUCCUUCUUACCAAGCGCUCGGUGGACACAAGGCCAGCCACCGCAAGUCCUCCUCCGAAUCCACCACUCUCUCCGCCGUCGCCAACGACAGCGUUUCCGCUUCCACCGUCGUCGGCGGCGGAAGGUUGCACCAGUGUUCUAUCUGUCACAAGAGUUUCCCCACGGGACAGGCCCUGGGUGGCCACAAGCGCUGCCACUACGACGGCGGCAACCACCACAGUAACAGCAUCGCCAACGGCAACAACAACAGCGGCGUCACUUCCUCCUCCGACGGCGUUGGCGGCGUUGCCGCCUCCUCCCACACGCUACGUGGAUUUGAUCUGAACCUCCCGGCGCCGCUGACCGAGUUCUGGCCGCCGGUGGGGUUCGACUUCAGGAAGAAGGUCGGCGGAGGCGGCGAGCAAGAGGUGGAAAGCCCGUUGCCGGUAACCGCCACCAAGAGGGCGUGUUUGUUUUCAGGGGAGGACCAUGAUGACGGCGAUGAAACGGCGUAG